UCCUUACUGGCAGGCGGCGUGUGAGGUGAGAAGGAGGGGGCGGGGCGUCGCCUCUUAUAGUCGGUGUUACCCUCGGUCAUUCGGAUCCGUGAACCGGCUGCAUCCUGCUGUACUGCAAGGGGCUGGCACUUGGAGCUGCACCUUUCUGUGCGGGUAUAUAUUGUGGCGGGCACCAUAGCUGGUACAUGGAGAGGAGAUAAGGAGUGGCUCACAGCGCACUGACUCAGCUCUCCUCACGGCCGCCUCCUGUGCUGAGCAUUAGUGUUCUCCUCCAGCUGGAUGCACAUUGCUAGUGACAGCCAUCAGCACCGGCAGCAGAGCGGAUUGUACUGUCCUCAGGAGCCGCCAUCUCUACCCAUCCAGCGCAGCCAUGAUGCAGAUCUCGGAUUCCCACAACCAGAAGCGUUCAUUGUUCAAUGCCAUGAACAGGUUUAUCGGGGCUGUGAAUAACAUGGACCAGACUGUCAUGGUGCCCAGCCUGCUGAGGGACGUCCCUCUGGACAUGGAGGAGAUGAAGGAAGAGGUGACUAAUGGGGCCGCCAACUAUUACAGCCGGAGAGACAUGCACAGCUACUACAUCCUGCUGAAGUCUAUCAGGAAUGACAUCGAGUGGGGCAUCCUGCAGGGGGACGACAGGAAAAAGGACAAAGUCACCCACAUGGACAUGGUGAGGCUGGAGGACUCUGAUGGGGAGGAGGACCUGGAGAAGCUCUUCCACUACCAUCUCACUGGACUGCACACAGUGCUGAGCAAGCUCACCAGGAAAGCCAACAUGCUCACCAACAGAUACAAGGAGGAGAUCGGAUUUGGCAGCUGGGGCCAUUGACUAUAGGAGCCUUUUACUCUCCUAAUUCUUAGUAUCAUAUUUUUAUUAUUUUAUGAUGGGUUCUGGUUUCUUUGUAAUAAUGUUUUUUUAUAAUAUUAUUUGCUGAAGAGUUAGACGACUGUGGAGGAUUGUGGGAGCUUGGGGAUCAUAUUUAGUGACAUCCGUCUAAUUUAUUCCUUUAGGAGGUUUCGGUAGUAAUGGUGGUAUGAGUAAGGCGUCCUGUCAUCCACCUCUCUGGGUGGCACAGAGAUGCAGUGACUAAGAGUCCAUC